UAGUUUUGUGGCAAAAUGGCCAAAAGCACCAAGGUCGGAAUCGUGGGUAAAUACAGGACCUGUUAUGGUGCUUCUUUCAGGAAAAUGGUGAAGAAAAUUGAAAUCAGUCAGCACACCAAGUACACUUGCUCCUUCUGUGGCAAAACCAAGAUGAAGAGACGAGCUGCAGGCAUCUGGCACUGUGGUUCCUGCAUGAAAAUGGUAGCUGGUGGUGCCUGGACCUACAACACCACUUCUGCUGUCAUGGUAAAGUCUGCCAUCAGACAACUGAAGGAAUUGAAGGACCAGUAGAAGCACUACCAAUGGAAACUUUGCUAGCCUAUAAUAAAUAGGUUAAUUUAUGUAACAGAAAAAAAAAA